CUCCCCAUGGCCUCGCUGAGCCGAGCCCUGCGUGGCAUGGCGGCCAUCUGUCCUCGCCGGAGCCCUGCCCUGGGCCGGGGGCUGAGACCCCUGGUGAGCGGGGCUGGCCCCACCUCUGAGAAGAGCGUGCCAUACCAGCGAACCCUGAAAGAGGCACAGGACGCCUCGGCGGCGGCCCGGGGCCCAAGCCAGCCCCUGCCUGGCACAGCCAGCGUGGUGGUCAUCGGCGGGGGCAGCCUGGGCUGCCAGACCCUUUACCACCUGGCCAAGCUGGGCGUGAGUGGGGCCGUGCUGCUGGAGCGGGAGCGGCUGACCUCCGGGACCACCUGGCACACGGCGGGCCUGCUGUGGCAGCUGCGGCCCAGUGACGUGGAGGUGGAGCUCCUGGCACACACGAGGCAAGUGGUGAGCCGUGAUCUGGAGGAGGAGACGGGGCUGCACACGGGCUGGAUCCAGAACGGUGGCCUGUUCAUCGCGUCCAGCCGGCAGCGUCUGGAUGAGUACAAGAGGCUCAUGUCGUUGGGCAAGGUCUAUGGCAUCGAGUCCCACGUGCUGAGCCCUGCGGAAACCAAGGCUUUGUAUCCGCUGAUGAACGUGGAGGACCUCUACGGGACCCUGUACGUGCCGCACGACGGUACCAUGGACCCCGCUGGCACCUGCACCAGCCUCGCCCGGGCCGCCACCGCGCGGGGGGCGCAGGUCAUCGAGAACUGCCCAGUGACCGGGAUCCGUGUGCGGACGGAUGAUUUUGGGGUGCGGCGGGUCGCAGCUGUGGAGACAGAACACGGUUCCAUCCAGACCCCCUGUGUGGUCAAUUGUGCAGGGGUGUGGGCACGCGCUGUGGGCCGGAUGGCUGGUGUCAAGGUCCCGCUGGUGGCCAUGCGCCACGCUUACGUCGUCACCGAGCGCAUUGAGGGGAUCCAGAACAUGCCCAACAUCCGCGACCACGAUGCCUCCAUCUACCUCCGCCUGCAGGGGGACGCCUUGUCUGUGGGCGGCUAUGAGACCAACCCCAUCUUCUGGGAGGAGGUGUCAGACGACUUUGCCUUCGGCCUCUUCGACCUGGACUGGGAUGUGUUCACCCAGCACAUUGAAGGUGCCAUCAACCGGGUCCCCGUGCUGGAGAAAACCGGGAUUAAGUCCACGGUCUGCGGCCCCGAGUCAUUCACCCCGGACCACAAGCCCCUAAUGGGGGAGGCGCCCGAGCUCCGCGGGUUCUUCCUGGGCUGCGGCUUCAACAGCGCAGGAAUGAUGCUGGGUGGUGGCUGUGGGCAGCAGCUGGCUUACUGGAUCGUCCACGGGCGCCCAGAGAAGGACAUGCAUGGCUAUGACAUCAGGCGCUUCCACCGCUCGCUCACGGACCACGGCCGCUGGAUCCGGGAGCGCAGCCACGAGGCCUACGCCAAGAACUACUCCGUCGUCUUCCCCCACGACGAGCCGCUGGCCGGACGCAACAUGCGGACAGGCCCCCUGCACGAGGAGCUCCUUGCACGAGGCUGCGUGUUCCAGGAGCGGCAUGGCUGGGAGCGGCCGGGAUGGUUCAGUGCCCAGGGCCCAGCUCCGGUGCUCCCCUACGACUACUGCGGGGCGUAUGGGCGUCGGGCGCACGAGGACUACGCCUACGGCUGGCUGCUGGGCCAGGAGUACACCUUCAGCUUCCCUCCGCACCAUGAUGUGAUCAAGAAGGAGUGUCUGGCCUGCAGAGGGGCCGCGGCUGUGUUCGACAUGUCCUACUUCGGGAAGUUCUUCCUGGUGGGCCCGGAUGCCAGGAAGGCUGCCGACUGGCUCUUCUCCGCCGACGUCAGCCGGCCCCCAGGCUCCACGGUGUACACAUGCAUGCUGAACCACCGCGGGGGCACAGAGAGCGACCUGACCGUGAGCCGCCUGGCCCCCGGCCCCAAGGCCUCCCCGCUGGCCCCGGCCUUUGAAGGUGAUGGCUACUACCUGGCCGUGGGCGGGGCCGCGGCCCAGCACAACUGGUCCCACAUCAGGACUGUGCUGCAGGACCGGAAGUUCCAGUGCCAGCUCAUCGACAGCUCCGAGGACCUGGGCCUGGUCAGCGUCCAGGGCCCGGCCAGCCGGGCCAUUCUCCAAGAGGUGCUGGAGGCCGACCUGAGCGAUGACGCCUUCCCCUUCUCCACCCACAAGCUGGUGAGAGCCGCCGGGCACCUGGUCCGGGCUGUGAGGCUGUCCUUCGUGGGGGAGCUGGGCUGGGAGCUGCACGCCCCGAGGCCAUCCUGCCUGCCCGUGUACCAGGCCCUGAUGACCGCGGGGGCCAAGCACGGCCUCGUCAAUGCCGGCUACCGGGCCAUCGACUCCCUGAGCAUCGAGAAAGGCUACCGGCACUGGCACGCUGACCUCCGGGCUGAUGACAGCCCCCUGGAGGCGGGCUUGGCCUUCACCUGCAAGCUCAAGUCCUCCAUCCCCUUCCUGGGGCGUGAGGCCCUGGAGAAGCAGCGGGCCGAGGGCCUCCGCCGGCGCCUGGUCGGCUUCACCAUGGACGAGAAAGUGCCCAUGUUUGGGCUGGAGACCAUCUGGAGGAACGGCCAGGUGGUGGGCCACGUCCGCAGGGCCGACUUCGGAUUCACCAUCAAUAAAACCCUGGCCUACGGCUACAUCCGAGACCCCAGCGGCGGGCCGGUCUCCCUGGACUUCGUGAAGAGUGGGGACUACACCCUGGAGAGGAUGGGGGUGACCUACGCUGCCCAUGCCCACCUCAAGUCUCCCUUCGACCCUGACAACAAGAGGGUGAAGGGGCUUUACUGACGGCCGCGGGCAGGGCCUCAGCUGGUCCAAGGAUCAGCAACCUGCCACCCCGGCCCACGCCACCCAUCCCGGGGACCUGCGCCGCCCUGGACACCAGGACCUGGACCCUGGCUGGAACGUGGACUCCCUUGCCCUUCGUCGAGAGCUACUUGCCAUGCCCCCCAAAGAUGCAGACAGAGGGGGUGGAAAGAGGACCCAGAAGGCCCGUCCUGGGGUCACUGACCGAAGGGGGGUCUCGAGUCCACCCCCACCCCCCCAUAAAAGCCACCUGCAAUGCCGUGGGCUCAGGGACCAGCCUGUAGCCCUGGAGAGC